AACCUGGUAAGCGUAGGAAAAAGAAAUCAAUAGUUUGGGAGCACUUCACUAUUGAAACUGUUGCUGUUGGGACUAGAAGGGCACAAUGUAACCAGUGCAAGCAAUCGUUUGCAUAUAGUACAGGGUCGAAAGUAGCAGGCACUAGUCAUCUGAAACGCCAUAUUGCCAAAGGAACCUGCCCAGUAGUCUUGCGCAACCAGCAGAAUGAUCAAUUGACCCCUUAUAGUGCUCCUUCAAAGAUGAGUGGAUAUGGGGGUAGUAAUGGUACACCUAAACGACGUUAUCGAACUGCUUCUACUCCUUAUCUUGCUUUUGAUCCAGACCGGUGCCGCCAGGAGAUCUCCAGGAUGAUCAUCAUGCACGACUAUCCCCUUCACAUGGUUGAGCAUCCAGGCUUUCUUACUUUUGUCCAGCAUCUUCAACCUCGGUUUGAUAUGGUGAGCUUCAACACUGUCCAAGGAGAUUGUGUGGCAACUUAUCUUAGAGAGAAGCAAGCGAUUCAGAAAGUGAUUGAGAGAGUACCUGGGCGGAUCUGCUUAACACUAGACAUGUGGUCCUCCCAUCACACUGUGGGUUAUGUGUUCAUAACUGGGCAGUAUAUUGAUAGUGAGUGGAAAAUUCACAGGAAAAUACUCAAUGUCAUAAUGGAACCAUAUCCAGAUUCUGACACGGCUUUCAGCCAUGCAGUUGCCGCUUGCCUUUCUGACUGGAGUAUGGAGGGGAAGUUAUUUUCUGUCACUAUUAAUCAACCAAUCAGUGAUGCAGCUGUUGAUAAUCUUAGAGCUUUACUCUCAGUGAAGAACCCUCUUGUGCUAAAUGGUCAGCUGUUGGUUGGAAAUUGUCUUGCUCGAACUUUGAGCAGCAUUGCCCAAGAUGCAUUUUAUUUUUUGCAUGGAACUGUUAAGAAAGUAAGAUAUAGCGUAAAAUAUGUGAAAACAUCAGAAUCUCACGAGGAAAAGUUUAUUGAGCUCAAACAGCAGCUUCAGGUGCCAAGCACAAAGACGUUGGCGCUUGAUGACCGAACACAGUGGAACACAACAUAUGAGAUGUUGUUGGCUGCAUCAGAGCUGAAGGAAGUAUUUUCA